CUUUUUUUUUAACAGUUAUAGAAGCACAUCGUCAUAGCGAUUCUUAAUUUAUUUUUUUGUUCAAUCAGCUUGUCAUUUACAAAGUCAUUUAAUUGAAAGAAGAAAUAAUACUAAAUAGAUGCAAAAUCAUUUAUUAUUAAGAGAACAUCCAAGAGCUCUUGCUUUACGGCCCACAGUUUUAGAAGAAGCACCUUCUGGCGUGCUUGUUUUUAAGGAAUAUCAAGGCUCAGAAACUAACAGAGCUAUAGCCGAACUUUAUAGCCCUUCUGAAUUUGAGGAUUCCAAAUGGAGGAUACUUAAUUCACGUCCAGUUUUUGGUUGUCUAGGACUAAUUACAGUACAAUCAGAAUGCUUUCUAGCCAUUGUAACAGACUGUGUAUCAGUUGGAAGAGUAAGAGCUGGGGAAGAAGUUUAUAAAAUUCAAUCAGUAUCAUUUUAUUCAUUAUCGUCUUCUCGUUAUGAUGAUUUUAUUGACCCGACACCUAACUGGGAGGAUGAUUGGGAUCAACCUAGCAAUAGUGGCAGCAGUGGUAAUGUCUUACAUCCAUGUGCUCAGUUACAAAAAUUAUUUUCAAUCGGUAGCUUCUACUUUACACCUGACUUUGAUUUGACAAGAACAGUACAAGCACGCACUUCAGUAGCGUCAAUGGGUGUACAUUCAUUUGAUGGACAUUUUUUAUGGAAUCAAUUCUUAAUAUCGGGUUUGUUGGACUUUAGGGCUAAAUUAGAUAGAAAGAAGCAGAUAGAUCUAGACCGUGGUGGAUUUUUAGUAUUUGCUAUACGUGGUUAUGUAGGUGUAGAAGAGGUCGAUAUUGAUAAUGAAAGGUAUGAGUUAUCUGUGAUUUCAAAAUUAAGUUGUAAACGUGCUGGUACUCGAUUUAAUUCAAGAGGAAUUGAUGAUAAUGGACAUGUAGCAAAUUUUGUAGAGACCGAAACUAUACUUUAUUCAGAUAGAAUUUGUUAUUCUUAUACUCAAAUUAGAGGAAGUGUUCCAGUAUUUUGGGAACAACAAGGUAUGCAGCUUGUUCAACAUAAAAUACAAAUUUCUCGUGGUCCGGGCGCAACGCAGCCCGCCGUUAAACGUCAUUUUGAUGAGCUUAUUAGCCGCUAUAACUCAGUCUCCAAUGUCAAUCUUUUAUCACAACGAGAAACAAGCACAGCUGGUGAAACUUUACUUAGCAAUACUUAUAAUACAGCUGUUGAGCGACUUGGUUACAGUCCCUCUAUUGUUCGUAUGGUCAAUUUUGAUCUACACGCUGAAUGCCGUGGAGGUAAUUACGAUAAUGUUUCAAUUCUUCUAAAGGAUAUUCGACAUAUUAUGGAUGAUUAUGGAUUUUUCUUAAUGGAUACAGACGAGAUUAUUAAUACCCAGAAAGGUAUUUUUCGAACUAACUGUAUGGAUUGUCUUGAUCGUACCAACCUUGUUCAAAAUGAGAUUUCACGAAGAGUUCUGCUGAAUUUCUUGAAACAAACAAAUCGUGUUCAUGGUAUUGAUUAUUUGAUAAUACGUCAUUCACAUUUGUGGGCAGAAAAUGGAGAUGGAUUAUCUAAAAUUUAUGCAGGUACGGGAGCCCUAAAAUCAGGUUUUACGAGAACAGGAAAAGUGACAUUCAUGAAUGUUUUGAGUGACGCUACAAGAUCUGUAAACCGCUUCUAUAUCAACAAUUUCCAAGACAAAGCAAGGCAGGAAGUGAUUGAUCAAUUAUUAGGCAAAUUGGCUAAUCAAACGAUGAUUGCGAUUCAUGAUCCUAUAAGUGAUCGCGUAACGCGACAAUUAACAAAACGUAUUAAAGAAUAUUCUCAUAAUCGAAGAGUAACCAUUUUUGCGGGAAGUUAUAAUUUAAACGGAAAGAGCUUUAAAGGAGAACUUUUGAAUCCUUGGCUGCUUCAACAUUUCAGAUGGAGUGAAGAGGAGCCUGAUAUUUAUGUAAUAGGAUUUCAGGAAAUAGUAGAAUUAUCACCACAACAAGUUAUGGCGACAGAUGCAGAAAAAAGAAAGAUCUGGGAACAGCAAAUCGAAAAGACUUUAAAUACAAGAGCAGGAGCUAAAUCAAGAUAUACACUUUUACGUUCAAAUCAACUAGUGGGUGCAGCGCUCAUUAUUUUUGUUAAGACAGAUAUUGUGGAUGAAAUACGAAAUGUAGAAAGCUCAAUUAAGAAGACUGGAAUUAUGGGUAUUGCGGGCAAUAAAGGUGCAGUAGCUAUUAGAAUGGAUUAUGGAGAUACAAGUUUUUGUUUUGUUGCUGCACAUCUUGCUUCAGGCCAUUCAAAUGUGGAUGAUCGCAAUUCAGAUUUCCAUAUCAUUAAUGAGGGUUUACGCUUUUUAAGAGGAAAAAUGAUUGACAGCCAUGAUAAUAUUAUUUGGGUGAGUGAUUUGAACUAUCGUAUUUCUCUAUCGAAUGAGGAGGUCAGAAUGUAUGUAGAAGAGGGUAAUAUUGAAAUGCUAUUUCAAAAUGAUCAGCUUUCAAGAGAGAUGAGACAAGGUCGAGUAUUUAAUGGUUAUCAAGAAGGAGACAUUACUUUUCUACCAACAUACAAAUAUGAUAACGGAACAAAUACAUAUGAUACUAGUGAAAAACAGAGAAUUCCAGGUUGGACAGAUCGUAUUUUAUUUAAAGGAACCCAAUUAAAGCAAUUACAAUAUUCAAGAGCAGAAUUGUAUACUUCUGAUCAUAGACCAGUCUUUGCGUUAUUUGAGGCUGAUAUAUUAACAUUAGAUCAUGAAGCUAAAAUUAAAUUACAAAAAGAAUUAUACCAAAGUCUAAGUUCAAUAGAAGUUCGUACUUCACCGCCUGAAUUACCAAAACGUAAAAAUACUAUACGUAGUAACAGCUUUUCAUCAUCAAAACUAUCAGAUUCUUAUAUAGAUACACUUAUAGAUAUAUCAGUAGAUGGUGAAUAUCCUCCUCCUAGCACAGAUAGUAAAAAAUGGUGGGAAGAUGGUCAAGAAAUUCCAAAGGCUGAUAAGAGUCGAGCAUCAAAUCAUAAUCCAUUUGAAGAUGAUGGAUUUGUCUUUGCUGGCAGUGGAAACAGUAUAAGUAAACUACCUAGCUCUUUACAAUCAGAUAGUGAAUGGAUGCCUCUAAGUCCAGUCUCUUAUCAUGGAACUUCCUUCGAAAAGCAACCAGAAACAAAGACAUCUCCAAUAAAUAAUGUAUCUAGUUACAUUGGAUUUUGGAAUAAUCGACAAUAAGCUUCUUAUUUAUAUUAUAGCAUAAGAAAAGAAAUCAGCAAAAAUAGAUAUACAUUAUUUUUUCAAUUAUGUUUACAUGUAUUCUUCAUUUGGCUAUUAUAUUGAUAUAGGCAUAUUUUUAUAAAAAUCUAUACACUAAUAUUAUUUUAUAAAGAUUAGAAAUAUGAAGAUGUAUC